AUGGCGGUCAGAUGUCGAUUGGGUGAGCUGUUCCACCAGUACGUUCAGCAAACUCGGGCUCAGAAUAGCUUCUCUUCAGUGAUCAGCAAGCGACUGCAGUUCCUGCAGUCUAGCGAGAACCUGAAGAGGAGUAGCUUUCAAUUUCCGCUCCACCAAAGCGAUUGUCAUGCCUUCGCCAUGGCCCAGGAGGGGCAAACUGUUCAUGGAGGGGUCAUCGCCACAGUCGUUGAGGAUGCGACUACAAUGCACAUCUGUGCAAAUGACGUGCGAAGCCGGAAGGCAGUCACGACCGACAUGAACUUGACAUAUGUCGGAGUGGGAAAAGUUGGCCGUACCCUGCAGAUCGACACUAAGAUACUGAAGAUUGGUGGCGUGCUGGGCGUGGCGGAGGCGGAAGUGACAGACAUUACCUCUGGAAAGCUCAUCGCCGUCGGUCGUCAUAGCAUGAUGUUCGUGGGAGAAGAUGGUUCCGCGCUGAAGUUCGCGCAGUCUUUGAAUUCUGUCUUCGAUGUGUAG